CACGCGCUAAUCCUUCUUUCUCUCUCUCUCUUCCAAAAUUAGCAACAAUUCAUCAGAGUAAAACUGAACAGAAAACAAAGAUAGAGAUUCAGUUGGAUUCCGUUUUGUUUCCUGCAUUCAGUUAUUAUUUUUCAUCCAAUUCCCCUCUCCCUAACCAAACUCUCUCUCCUCUACGCAUUUUCUCUCUCCAAUUUCAUAUAUAAUCCCCAAAACCAAAAACAAAUCCCAAAUUCCCCCAAUUUUCAAAUUCAGAAAACCACAAAUCUGAAUCUUGAAUUUUGGUUCCUCCAAUUGGUUUCGGUUUCCGGUUGUUUUCUGAUCCAGAUGGGUUUCAAAUCCCUCUUCUCCCGGAAGAAGAAAUCCAGUCCCUCCUCCGCCGCCGCCGCCGCAGCACCCCACCCGGCCUUUGCCCCCACGCACUCGCGAUCCCCCUCCUUCAACUCGCGCGCCCAGAUCGCCGAGCUCGAGCAGGUCUUCAAGAAAUUUGACGUCAAUGGCGACGGCAAGAUCUCGUCUUCCGAGCUCGGGGCCAUCAUGAGCAGCCUGGGGCAGCCGGCCUCCGACGAGGAGCUCAACGGCAUGAUCUCCGAGGUCGAUUCCGACGGCGACGGCUUCAUCAACUUCAAAGAGUUCGCUGAGCUCAACACCAAAGGGAUCGACCCGGCCGAGGCGCUCGAGAAUCUCAAAGACGCUUUCUCCGUCUACGACAUUGACGGGAACGGCUCGAUUUCGGUGGAGGAAUUGUACAAAGUUCUCCGGAGCUUGGGGGACGAAUGUUCGAUGGACGAGUGCCGGAAGAUGAUCGGUGGUGUCGACAGUGAUGGCGACGGUAUGAUCAAUUUCGAGGAGUUUAAGGUCAUGAUGAUGACGGGAUCGCGUUACACUGAUCCGGUUUCAGGUUGAUCAUCAACGUCAAAUUCAUUGAUGACACUCCACUUUUUUGGAUUUGUUCAUCUCAUCUGUGAUUUAAUUGUUUUUUUUUUCUUUCAGUUAAUUGGUAGAAUUUUUAUGAUUAAGUACCUGAUCAUAUUAACAUUUUCAUCCUUGUAUUAAUUCGGAUCUAAUCGAUAUUGAAAUGUUAAUACUUUCUAAUUUUGAUUUUGUA